AACUUGUUGUCCAUGCCACUGUUUCCGUCUCUUGAAGAAUUGUACUUGUUGAAUACCAGCUCGAAGCCAUUGCUACAGACAAUAAUGUUGGUGAAUAGUGUGGGACCAUCAACUUCCUCCAACUUUUCUACCCCUCUUUCCAAAUUAAAGUCUCUAAGGCUCUAUAGAAUUGCUGAUCUAGAAUCUCUACCAGCGGAGCGGAUGCGAAACCUCACUUCUCUGGUUUAUCUGACAAUUCAAAUAUGUGACAAGCUUGACUUUCUCACGGAUGACGUGCAAUGGCAUAGUCUCCAAAGCCUUUAUUCUUUACAACUUUUCAAUCUUCCAAAAUUGGUGUCUUUACCAAAGGGGUUUCAAUAUCUUACCUCUCUACAGAAGUUGACUAUUAGUUAUUGUGACCAAUUUGAAUCACCCAGCAGUGAAGAUGAUGAUGACAUGCCAUGGCAAGGCUUUAGGAGCCUCCAGUCUUUAACAAUUGAACAGCUUCCAAAAUUGGUGUCUCUCCCAAAGGGGCUUCAAUAUGUUACCACUCUACGAGAUUUGUAUAUUGAUGAUUGUGACCAAUUUGAAUCACCCAGCAGUGAGGAUGACGAUGACAUGCCAUGGCAAGGCUUUAGGAGCCUCCAGUCUUUAUAUAUUCAUGGGCUUCCAAAAUUGGUGUCUCUCCCAAAGGGGCUUCAAUAUGUUACCACUCUACGAGAUUUGACUAUUGAAUAUUGUCAUAAUUUGACAGCUCUACCGGAGUGGAUAUCCAAUUCAAGUUCACUUUCAAGACUGGAGAUCUACAAUUGUCCCAAAUUGUCAGAAAGAUGCGGAAAUAACAUAGGGAUGGAUUGGCCAAAGAUUGCUCACAUCCCAAAUAUUCAAAUUGAUCGCAAAUGGAUUCAAAUUGAUCACAAAUAUUCUUCUUCAACAGGGUGAUACUUCUCUUGAAAUUAAUCAAUAAGCCUUUGUUAUUUGUUUUAUGAGUAAAAAAUAUUCCUUUGCUUUAUCGGUUUAUCAUAACUAAUUUCCUACAUUUUUAAUGCAGGAUUGCGUGAUAGGGGCAAAUGGUUUGGAAUUUGUAAUUAAUUGGAUGGUAAUGGCAGAUGAACUUGAAAACAUACUAACUAAGAAGUUUUUCAGAAUUUUGUCAAUGAGGGCAGACGCAUUUCAAGUGUUAAGGAGAAAGCCAUUACAGGUAAUGGCAGAUGAACUUGAAAACAUACUAACUAAGAAGUUUUUCAGAAUUUUGUCAAUGAGGGCAGACGCAUUUCAAGUGUUAAGGAGAAAGCCAUUACAGGUAUAUGGUUUUAUCUUACUGCUUUUUGGAGACAUAAUGCUGCUUGGCAAAUUCAAAAAUUUCCAAUCAACGUCAGAAAUCAUCAGUUUCUGAAAAAUUCAUUUAGAGUUAGUCUGCCAUUAGUAAGAUAUUUGCUAUUUAUGGGCAGAAGAAUGUUGUCCUUGAGAUUCAAGCAGUCUCUAAUUUCACUUUUGGUAAAUUGGCAGAUUUUGUUUUAUUAGACAUAUUUUCUGCCCAAACAUUUUAUUGUUCGACAUGCUGGUUCCAUUAAACCAGUUUAUGGUGAAGGCAAUACAGUAUAAUGAUGGGCUAUGAUGUUUUCAUGAGUUCUUGCUGGGCAAUAUUCCUCUGUAUGUAUUUUGUAUCCCACUUCUGGCACUGCAGCAUAAUAGUCUUGAGAACUUUUGUGCUUGCAACAAGACAAGAGUUACUAUUAUCAUGUUUGAUUAUUAUGCUCUUUAAAUAAGUACUUAAUUGAUGCAUUUAUCCUAAUUUUAUGUGUGAAGGAUACAUUUCGCAUGCUUUAUAUUUUCUGUAAUGUAUUUUGUUUCCGUAUACAUGUAGCCAGUCAACAUUAUAUGCAACUUAUUUAUGAUUGAAGUUGCAUACCGUCAAAGUGGUGAUGUGCAUUGCAAUGCUAGCCCUUGGCAAUUAAUCUUUACACUUUGCAUGAUCUCAUGUGAAUUUGUUAGUGGUAUGUUUUUUCUGUUGAAUUCUUUCUUUUUUUUUUUUUUGUAAAUCUAUGAAGCAGUUGUUGGUUAUAAUAUUUGGUGAUCUUAGCUUUGGUUUAAUAUUUUUUUUCAUAAAAUCUAUACAGCAUAUCUUAGCUUUGAUGUGAAAAUGAAUUAUAGUCAUUUGCUUUAGAUUUAAAAUGCUUUCUUGGUGGCAAAUCAUAUAGUAAUAGAUGGUAGGCACAGCGGAGGCUGACUGUUGGAUAUGCAAAAGCCUACUUCUUUUCAGGGGAACAGAGAAAAUUAACUGUGCUUGGACACAUGAAUAUAACAUUUUAAAAAGAUUUAAAACGUGAUUGGACAAUUUUAAGAUUCAACCAUGUAGCACAUGUUUUAGUUACAAUUUUAGAGAACCAAACUGGGUGUCAUAUAUUGUAGAAUACAUGUGCUUUAUUUCUUUAAAUCUAUAUAUCAAACAAACAGAAUUUUUUCAUAGAA